ACAUGUAUUUCAAUUUAUUCAUUGUUUUAAUAAUUGUAAUUUAAUAGUUAUGUCAUUUCACUGGUGUGAUAACUUGCAUACGACGGUAUUUAGUCCUCGCGACUAUCAAGUUGAGCUUUUGGCAUCGGCUUUUGAGAGGAAUACUAUGAUAUGCCUUGGGCAUAGAUCCUCCAAGCAGUUCAUAUCUCUAAAACUGUUGCAAGAAUUAGGUCGAGAGGCGCGUUUCAGAAAUUUAGGUGUGAGCAUUUACUUAAGCAAUAAUAAAACACCCGCCAUGUACGUUAUGUUACAGCAUAUGACAGACCUUCGUGUCUAUCAGGAAACUUCAGAAUCACUCGAUGAGCUUCCGAAGGAAUUUGAAGUGUACAUAUUAAAGCCUAAAACAUGUUUGGUUUUGUUGAAAAACGGUCGAUUGAAAAUGGAAAAUAUUCAGAUCAUUGUUUUAGAGGAUUGUCAUCAAGAUGAAAUACACAGUGAUAUGUUGAGUAUAUUCCGAGAAUUCUAUGUGCUUGGCAAUCAGUCGCAAAUGCCUAAAGUGUUAGGUCUGGCUGGGCCUUUACAUAGUGCCGGUUGCGAUUUAGCCGAACUGUCAGCAAUGCUGAAUAAUCUGGAAACUUCAAUACAUAGUAAGACGGAAACAGCCAGCGAUAUAGUGACAGUCUUAAGAUAUUGCGCCAAACCCACUGAGUUCAUUGUUCAAUGCGCUCCAUACGCACAAGAUGAACUUUCUUUUUUAAUAGAAGAUAUUAUACUCACUCGUAAGGCGUUUCUUACAGACCAUCGCUACGAUCCUUUCGAAAUAUACAGUACCGAUGAAUUUCUUGAGGAACUAAAAGAUAUACCCGAUCCUAAAAAGGAACCUCUUGAAUUUUUAGAUAUUUUGUUAAGCGUACUGCACGAAAUGGGUCCUUGGUGUGCUGACAGAGUGGCUCUGAAUAUGUAUCACCGUAUUGAGAAGCAAAAAAUCAAAACACCGCACGAACGUCACUACAUAUUACUUUGUUUGGUUAACACGGCUCUGUUAGAGAUCCGCGCCAUUUGUGAGCAACAUUUUCGUAAGUUUUCAGAUAAUCAUAAAGUCUUAGUGCAUCAUUAUUCGACUCCGAAAGUUUUAAGGCUUUUAGAAGUGUUGCGUUUGUUUAAACCAGAAGAGCGGUUUAGUAAAAACGAUGGCAUUAAAAAAAUAAGUAUGGAAUUGGAGCAGAUGGAUUUUCCGAAGUUGACACGUGUUCUUGAAACGAAAUGUCAUAUAGUGGAACAGGCUAUUGAGAAACAAACAUUGCAAUCUCGAUCGAUUAUUGAAAAUUUGGAUAGUAUUGUAAAACCGGAUACAGAUCUGAACACAAAACUUACAUCGGAUUCCGUUACUAACGCAAUAAGUGAUUUAGCUCAACAAAAGACUGAACAACCUAAUAACCUCAAUUCCAUUGGCUCUAGCUCAAAUCGCCGCAGCAUCAACUAUCAAUUGAAUCGGAUAAAACGUCGACCUUUUAAUCGUCGUUAUAAUCGCGAGCUUACAGAGACUGCAGAUAACUUAUGUGCUAUAAUUUUCUGUAGUUCAAAUUAUACAGCUCGCGUCCUAUUCGACCUCUUGGCUGAAAUGAGUCGUCACGAUUUAGAUUUGAAAUUUCUAAAAUGUCAAUACACAACUGAUCGGGUUGCUGAUCCCUUGACCGAGCCGAAGGAAGCUGAAAUUGAACAUCGUCGUCAAGAGGAAGUUUUGAAACGCUUUCGCAUGCAUGAUUGCAAUGUGCUUAUCGGUACAUCAGUACUGGAAGAAGGUAUAGAUGUACCGAAAUGUAAUCUUGUAAUAAGAUGGGAUCCGCCCAUUACAUAUCGCAGUUACGUUCAGUGCAAAGGGCGAGCAAGAGCUGUACCAGCUUACCAUGUUAUACUAGUUGCUGCCGAUUCCGAAAAUAUGUUAGCCAUAGAACAUAAAAAUGAGCAAUUAAAUGCGAGAAGUCAUCGCUUGUUAUGCAAUUUGCCUGCAGAGGAAGAUAAUAUGGUUAGCGAAUCGGAAAAUUCAGACGAUGAUGAUAUCAUUGAAUACGGAGAGGAUAUAAACAAUGUGUCAAAGAAGCAAAGGUACACUUAUGAUUCGGGCAAAGGAACGGUAAAAAUUUUAAAUCCUGAAGUAAUUACCAAUAAACCGCCCACCACUAAUUUUUCGUCCAGUGGUAGCGACUUAAUAUUGAAAGAAAUCAAAGAUGACACCCCAGCUAUUGAAGAUGUAACAGCCGACCCGGAAAUAGAUGCUCAAACCGAUCUAAACGAGACUCAUUCGCCAGAUGUUACAUUAGUUUUGGAAAACAAUGACUUAAAAAUGUUUGAUAUAAAUGUUAACCUGGAGGAAAGCCCAGAUGAAGAGAGCAAGGAAGAGAAAAAAAUUGAUAAACCUAUAAAGGAAAUAAAGGAAAAGAAAUAUUUUCAAUGUUCGCUGGAAAAUACAAUGGAGAAAGUUGAAUCCGAACCGGAAAAGCAGGAAAUUGAAGAUGAAAAUGAAAAACUAAAAUCCAUGGUAACAAGUACAAAAAUAAUUGUUAAACAAAUGGCUUAUUAUAGAGAAAUAGAAAAGAUGCUUUUGGAAAACUGCGUCAAUACAGAACCACCAGAUAGUGAACAUAAAGAGGCAGACGCUUUUAAUAAUUGUAUAAUACCUUAUAAGCCAUUAGCCCAUCUCCUAACUGGUGCUUCAGUUGAUUUGGGCAAUUCGAUAGCAUUAAUAAACAAAUACUGUGCCAAACUUCCAAGCGAUACAUUUACCAAAUUAACUCCUUUGUGGCGUUGCUCAAGAACCAUACGCAAUAAUGUUACUAUGUAUCAGUGCACACUAAGAUUGCCUAUAAACUCCCCGUUAAAGUACGAUAUAGUCGGCUUACCGAUGCACAGUCAAGUCUUAUCACGGAGAAUGGCUGCUUUACAGGCUUGUGUGCAAUUGCACAAAUAUGGUGAAUUGGACGAUAAUCUGCAGCCCAUAGGAAAGGAAAGCUUCAAGGCCAUUGAGACUGAUUGGGAAAAUUUUGAGCUAGAAGAGCAAGAUGAAAGAAUUGUCCAGGAAAAUAGCGAACCUAGGCCAGGGACAACUAAACGUAGGCAAUAUUAUUACAAAAGGAUCGCUUCAGAGUUUUGUGAUUGUCGUCCCGUGGCAGGAGAACCGUGUUAUCUUUAUCUUCUAGAUUUAACUUUGCAGUGUCCUAUACCUGAGGAACAGAAUACACGUGGUCGUAAAAUUUAUCCACCCGAAGACGCUUUGCAAGGUUUCGGAAUUUUAACACUCAAAAAGAUUCCGAAAGUGAGCUCGUUUCCCAUCUUUACACGAUCCGGUGAGGUUAAGGUUUCACUGGAAUUAUACGCUGAACGCAUUACCCUCAAUGAACGUCAGAUUUCAAGUAUAAAUACAUUUAUAAAUUAUACAUUCACCAAAGUGUUACGUUUGAAAAAAUUUCUUAUGUUAUUCGAUCCGGAGUCUACGGAAAAUUGCGUCUUUAUUAUACCUACCGUCAAGACAGACGAUGGCAGUAAAGUAAUAGAUUGGUCUUUUCUAGAAUUAAUCGAAGAGAAUGCUAACAUGAUGCCCACAGCUGUGCCCGAAGAAAUACGCCAUGCCACCGAAUUCGAUGCUGAAAAAUUCAAAGACGCAGUAGUCAUGCCUUGGUAUCGCAAUCAAGAUCAUCCUCACUAUUUUUACGUUGCUGAAAUUUGCCAUCAAUUAUCUCCUUUAAGCAUAUUUCCUAGCAAGAAAUAUCGCACUUUUAUGCAUUACUACUAUUUAAAAUAUGGUCUUAAAAUACACCCGAAACAACCUCUUUUGGAUGUUGAUCACACCAGCGCCCGUUUAAACUUUCUUACUCCACGUUAUGUAAAUCGAAAAGGUGUCGCCCUACCUACUAGUUCCGAAGCUACAAAACGUGCUAAACGAGAAAAUUUGGAAUUGAAGCAGAUAUUGGUGCCUGAACUGUGUACAGUACAUCCAUUUCCGGCCUCUUUAUGGCGUACGGCAGUUUGUUUGCCAUGUAUUUUGUACCGUAUUAACGGAUUAUUGCUUGCUGACGAUAUACGCAAGAAAGUCGUAGCCGACAUCGGUUUAGGGCAACCGGAAUUACCGGAAGACCAGGAAUGGCCUAUGCUCGAUUUCGGUUGGAGUUUAAGUGACGUUUUGAAAAAAUCGAAAAUUAACGAAUCUGCAAAAACUAAGCAGGAAGAUAGUCUCGAUCAAAUUAUAAAAGAUUGCGGGAAGAAAGUGCAUGCCUUUACUUUAAACGGAGAGGAGAGUGAAAUAAAAAUUGAAAACAAAACCAUAAAUGAGAUUGUAGAAGACGCGGAACUUAAAUUGCAAGAGGAAUGCGGAGCAUUUAUUGAAAUUGGCACUUGGUCUAAUGAUAUGGCCAAUUAUGCGAUUAAGGAUGAUGAUACCGACAGCGACUAUGACGAUCUCUUAGACGGCAUUAUACCGCCAUUUAUAAAAUUUUGUGGAAAGUCAAUAAGAGCCACAUCACCCACCUUUACUGACAUACAACUUGAUGAAGAAUACGAGGAACAAGAAACUUUAGGGAACGGAGAAGCAAUAAAAGAAGAUCCGCUAUUGUCAUAUGAUUCUGAUGAUUCUUUUGCAGAAUUUAGCUUGCCAAGCGAUGAGGAUUGGUCAGCUGAGGAAUCUUGUACGGACGAUUAUUUUACGUUCACUUCCAAAAAUGAAGCUGAAACUAUUGAGACUGAACAAGACAUCGAAAAAUUUAACAAGCAAAUAUCUAUUAUUCAAGCGACGAAAGAGAACGAACGCAAUUACCAGGAAACGAAAAAUCUUCAGGUUGGUUAUAAUUUUCCGAAUAUUAAAGAGGAAAUCGCUUCCGAAUUAAAAGCUUCCAUCGAAAGAUUUCAAACGUCUACUUCAAAUCUUAUAAACGAAAUAGAAGCUUGUGGCAUGUUGGUGCCAUAUGAUAAAAGCAUUCAAUUGUUGGAAAAGAAAGAAAGCAAGAGUCUUCAAUUUUUAGAUUUAUGUGAGGAUACGUAUAAAACUUUACUGCCAUAUGUGAAUGAAGGGGACAUAAAGCAAUUUCUUACAAAUAGCGGACACGGUUUAAGUUUAGAUGUAUUAGAAAAUUUUAAUUCGGAUUGGGUAAAGGAACAUCCCGAUGAGCAAUAUGUGAUAUACGGAUGUGGUGAUAUUUUUGACAGCUUCAAUGAUAAACAAAACUUAGAUAUGCACGUAAGCGAAAGAAAACUUAUUAAGCUAAACUUCGAAAAUCAUGGUAAACAAUAUGAACCGGAAAAAAAUAAAGUUCCUCGGCAAGAAGUAGCAGUAUGUAACUUGGAUUCACCAGUUCUGGGAAUUGAUUUCAGUUUUGAUCGUCAACCAGACCUUAUGACACAUCCAGGACCUAGUCCUAGCAUAAUAUUGCAAGCUCUUACCAUGUCGAAUGCGAACGAUGGAAUUAAUUUGGAAAGAUUAGAAACUAUUGGCGAUUCCUUUUUGAAGUACGCUAUCACAACCUAUUUGUACAUUACGUAUGAAAAUGUGCAUGAGGGUAAAUUAAGUCACUUGCGGUCCAAGCAAGUUGCAAAUUUAAAUCUUUACCGGCUGGGCAGGCGUAAACAAUUGGGCGAAUAUAUGAUAGCGACAAAAUUCGAGCCAAGUGAUAAUUGGUUGCCACCUUGCUAUUAUGUUCCAAAGGAAUUAGAAAAAGCUUUCAUAGAAGCCAAAAUACCACCGCAUUACUGGGGCUUAGUCGAUUUAGUGAAUAUUAAAAGGCUCAGUAACGCAGAGAUAUGUGAACUUGUCCGCGAAAAAGCUGAUGAGUGGGGACUUAAUCUUGAGGAACAAAAUGAUUGGGAUUUAGUACCAGCGCCAGCACCUCACGAAUUCCCGUACUUAAUACCCUAUAAUCUUGUUUCCCAACAUAGUAUACCGGAUAAGUCCGUAGCUGAUUGCGUGGAAGCUUUAAUUGGAGCUUACCUAAUUGAAUGCGGAUUAAGAGGCGCUUUAUUAUUUAUGGCUUGGCUAGGAAUAAGAGUGCUGCCUUACGAACGCAUUCCUUAUAAUGACAACGACGCACGUAAAGCUGGUAGUACACUGCCGGACAGUGAGGGCAUGAGUAUUACAUACGGAUCUUGGUCUCCGCCUAAAUCGCCUCUUUUGCAUUUUGCACCGAAAGCAGAAAAAGAACUCGAAGAUUUACUGGCCGGUUAUGACAAAUUUGAAGACAUUUUAGGCUACAAAUUUCGCGACAAAUCCUAUCUACUACAAGCAAUGACUCACGCAUCUUAUACGCCCAAUAGAUUAACCGAUUGUUACCAGCGUUUAGAAUUCCUUGGAGAUGCUGUGCUUGAUUACUUGAUUACUAGACAUUUGUAUGAAGAUCCUCGACAACAUUCCCCUGGAGCUUUAACCGAUUUACGGUCAGCUCUAGUAAAUAACACCAUAUUUGCUUCUCUGGCUGUACGUCAUGGCUUCCACAAAUAUUUCAGGCAUUUAUCGCCGGCACUUAAUGAAGUCAUCGAUAGGUUCGUACGUAUACAAACCGAAAAUGGUCAUAGCAUUAGUGAAGAGUAUUAUUUAUUGUCUGAGGAGGAAUGCGAUGAUGCAGAAGAUGUUGAAGUCCCAAAGGCGUUAGGGGACGUCUUCGAAUCCGUUGCAGGAGCUAUAUUCUUGGAUUCCAAUAUGUCGUUAGAUGAAGUGUGGCGUGUCUAUAGUAAUAUGAUGCGUCCAGAAAUUGAACAAUUUAGUAAUUCUGUACCAAAGUCGCCAAUAAGGGAGCUAUUAGAAUUAGAACCUGAAACUGCCAAAUUUGGGAAACCGGAAAAGUUAGCUGAUGGCCGACGAGUGCGUGUUACUGUCGAAGUAUUCUGCAAAGGCACAUAUCGUGGCAUAGGUCGUAAUUAUCGAAUAGCCAAAUGCACUGCUGCUAAAUGCGCUUUGCGUCAAUUAAAGAAGAAAGGCUUAAUUGACAAAAAGAAUUAAUUUAAAUUUACAAAUUGUCAAUUCA